AUGACUUCAGACCCAGAACUCGACCAGUCGCAUUCGAGACUUGGGACGAUGGACAUCCAGCCGUCUUCAGAGAUGCAUAGCUUACAUCAAAGGCGUCCUCGACGAGGCACUCGUCCCCAAAGGGCAGACUCCCUGGCUGAAUCAUGGGAUCCUGCCCGACCAGCAGCGAACAUCCCCGAGGAAGAGCAUCAGUAUCUCAACUCUUAUGGCGUCACCGAGUUCCGGGACGGCUUCUUUGAUGCUUUAUUCUUCAAUCCGCGCCCUGUCGAGCAAGAAGACCUGCUCUACCAUGCGGACAAGAUCUUGCCAAAGGCAUUGCGCCGGCACAAGCGCCUGCCUCUGGGGGAUUUCUUUCCCAGACGAUGGCUCGAGAUCAGACAUGCCAUGGCCCGCUUGAGAACUUCGGGUUCUGGAAUUGCGCUGCUCAAGUCUUUUCUGGCCGUCUUCACGGCCUAUAUACUGUGCCUCGUGCCUGCUGUGCGACAUUGGCUCGGGAAGUACAACUAUGUCAUCGUCAUUUCAGCCGUGAUCAACCACCCGGGACGGACAAUCGGCGCUCAGAUUGACGGUACCGUUCUCACUAUCUUUGGCACGGCGUUGGGACUAGCAUGGGGCUCGCUUGCUUUGGAGGUGUCUGUCUCAAGUGCGGCCUCGCAGAAAGGGUACGGUGCCAUCGUGGCAGUGUUCCAGUGCCUGUUCCUUGCCGUGAUUGCGAGUGUACGGUCUCAUUACGUCCGUUUCUUCCAAUGCGUAUUGUGCGCGGGUAUCGCGGUCUUUUAUACCUGUCUUUCGGAUGCCUCCGAUGACGAGGUCAGAUGGAGGAAGUUGUGGGAGUUCGGAAUACCUUGGGUCUUUGGCCAGGCACUUUGUCUUAUUAUUGGCGUGACUAUCUUUCCUGAUACCGGAGCAAGAUCAUAUGCUACGUCUCUUCACGACGCUCUUGACGCUAUGAUGGAAGGGCUCGUUCUGCUGGCGCCCGACAGAUCUAACACUCGCAGACGCCUGACAAGGACAUUUGUCAACCUAUCUCAAGCUUAUCGAGACCUGACACUUGAUAUCAGCAUCACACGCUUCCAACCAGAUGAGGCCAAGGCUCUUCGGAAUGUGCUGCAGGCCGUGAUCAGGGCGCUCCUAGCCAUUGAGCCGACACCCUUGCACCACAGACUGGUCGAUGAGGACGGGAAUAAUAAUACUGCCCCGUACAACUCUGACGCAGCUGAAGAUCUGGCUUAUGAUCUCCUUACCCCUCCCGUCGCCGAGUUGAUCCGGUCUAUGCAAGCUUCAACGCAGGCCUGCGCGGCUGCCCUGAUGGAUCUAUCGGGGUUCCGAAAACAGAUCGGCCCCCCAGCCGAAGUGUCGGCGAAUGUCGAAGCGCACAUCGGCCAGCUACGCCGGCAGAUGAUCAUCUUUGAUGCCGUGGAGGCUGAUGUGCUCAGGAAGACGGAGCAGCAGUCUGGUUUUGCCGCGAGAUCCGAAGUCGUGAGAGUUCUUGCUUACUGCCGGCCCAUUCGACAAGCCGCCGAAGCCAUAGACGCCAUGGCGACCAAGGUGCGUGAGCUGCAGCGGACGGCUCCCACCCAUCCUCGCUUCCAUCUGCCGUCGUAUCCCCUGCAUAAAGCGGUAGAUCGCUUGAAUCAGCAGGUGCGACAUGAUCGUGGAGGUGUUACUGCCGGCUCAUACUACAAAGCCUUUGACCAGAUUUCUGCACUGAUAGAGGAAAUCAAAGCUCGCCAACACGAUCCUGUCUCACGAGAACACGAGUCUGAGUAUCUGAGGAGAAUGGAGACUAGACUCGACCCAGGUACCACAGCCGCGGCUAUGAACACGCCACCUGAUUCCCAGGGGAAUGUUGGGGUUGCCAACGACGCCUGGCGUGUGCUGCACCGUCUACAGGGCUUCGGGACGAGAUAUGCUCUCAAAACAGUGAUGGCCACCUCGCUGCUUUCCAUACCUGCUUGGCUCUCUCAGAGCAGAGGAUGGUGGAAUUAUUACCAGUCGUGGUGGGCAGUCAUUAUCGCUUGGGUCAUGAUGCAUCCCAGGGUCGGGCCCAACCUCACUGAUCUCCUUGUGCGCUCCGGGGUAGGUGUUCUGGGUGCGGUCUGGAGCGGCUUCGCAUAUGCCGCGGGAGGCGGCAGUCCCUAUGUCAUGGCGGUAUUUGCGGCCAUCUACUACCCGCCCAUGCUCUACCGCUUCACACAGAGCACUCAUCCAAGGUCCGGCCUGAUCGGCUGUCACUCCUUUACCAUCGUCUCACUGGGUCUUGUCACUGCCGAGGGCCAGGAUUCCACGGCUGUCAUCGCUGCCACCCGAGGGGCGGCCAUUGUCGUUGGGGUGAUGACAGCGGCCCUCGUGAACUGGCUGCUCUGGCCGUUUGUAGGGAGGCAUGAGCUAAGAAAGGCGUCGGCCAUGAUGCUGUUUUUCAUCAGCAUUGUCUACCGAAGUAUACCAUGGUCCCCCCACUCCUCUGAGUCCGCACUCAGACUGCAUGUUCUAACGACACCAACAGAUAUUCUCGGCAAAUAUGUAUACUAUGAGACCGGUGACGAACCGCAGCCAGCCGAUGUGGUGCGCUCCGAAAUACUGGAAGGAAGAAUCCGCGAAGGCUUCGUGAGGAUCAGGCAACUCAUGCUCCUCACCCGCCACGAGAUCCGCCUCCGCGGCCCCUUCGAUGUCCGCCCUUACGCUCUCCUCACCGACUCGGCAGAGAGCUUCUUCGAGCAUCUCGUCUCCCUCCGCCAGGCGGCCCUCUUCUUCCACCCGCGAUUCAUGGGCGGUCGGCACGAUCGCGCGGCCGAGAGCCUCCUGAGCUAUAGGCGCGAUGCGGUGGCCACUGUCCUCACCAACUUUUAUAUCCUCGCCGGUGCGCUUCGGCAGAGGACUAGAGUGCCUCGAUAUCUCCCGAGCGCAGCAGCAGCACGCCAACGUCUCCUCGACCGUAUGGUCGAGAUGGAGAAGGAGCUCGGGUCUGACGCGGCCGGGGACGAAGGCGACGACGAGAGGAGGAAGUGGCUGCAGAUCUACAGCUACUCGUACAACGAGAGUCUCACUGGGUGUGCUGCGCAGUUGGAGGAGAUGGAGGUGUACACCAAGAUGAUUGUCGGGGAGCAGGGGUUCGAUGAGAUAUAUCAGGUCGAGGAGUCUAUUGCAGACAAGCAUAAGAAGGAACCAAACACCCUAGGAGUUCCGGUCAGGACGGCCAAACAAAAAUAG